UGGCGAGCGCGUUCUGGCGACCGUGAGUGUGCAUGAGCAAAGCCUCUCUUGUUCACGACACGCGCGUUAUUCGUACUCUCCACCGUUGAAGGUGGAACGUAACAACUUUUCUCUUCCCCGAGGAGACAUCUGAACAACUGGGAAUAUAAUAUUCUGUCUCAAACAUCUCUAAGGUGUUCGGAAAUCAUGUCAGCCUCGGCGGCGAAAGUCGGUAGGAAGGAGAACUCGAAUCACGAUGGAGCGGACGAGACCUCCGAAAAAGAGCAACAGGAAGCAAUUGAACACAUUGACGAAGUACAGAAUGAAAUUGACAGAUUGAACGAACAGGCCAGCGAGGAGAUUUUAAAAGUAGAACAGAAGUACAAUAAAUUACGCCAGCCGUUCUUCCAGAAGCGGUCAGAACUCAUAGCAAAAAUCCCCAACUUCUGGGUCACAACAUUUGUUAACCAUCCACAAGUUUCAGCCCUUCUUGGUGAGGAGGAUGAGGAGGCACUUCAUUACCUUACCAGGGUGGAGGUGACUGAGUUUGAGGACAUCAAGUCGGGUUACAGAAUAGAUUUUUACUUCGAUGAGAACCCGUACUUUGAGAACAAAAUUCUCUCCAAAGAGUUUCACUUGAAUGAAAGUGGGGACCCAUCUUCAAAGUCAACUGAAAUCAAAUGGAAGGGUGGAAAGGACUUGACAAAGCGUGCCAGCCAAACGCCAAACAAAGCGGGUAAGAAGAGGCAACACGAAGAACCAGAGAGCUUCUUUACCUGGUUCACAGAUCAUUCCGAUGCGGGGGCCGACGAACUAGGAGAGGUCGUCAAGGAUGACAUCUGGCCCAACCCGUUACAGUAUUACCUGGUCCCUGACAUGGAUGAUGAGGAAGGGGAAGGUGACGACGAUGAUGACGACGAAGAGGGCUUGGAAGACAUCGAUGAGGAAGGAGACGAGGAUGAAGGCGAGGAAGAUGAGGAAGAGGAUGGAGAGGUAACUCCCGUUAAGCGUUUUUUUUUUCCCCACUAUUGUAAAACUGUCCCUGCUUUUUUUACAUAAAUGUUUAUGUAGUGGAAGACUGUCACUUGUCUG